CGUGUAGUUCUGGGCUGAUUUCUCACCUUUCUUAGGAUCAUUGAGACCCCACGAGUUUCCAGAGGUCAUCUCUCUGAAUGUUGGGGGCAUGUACUUCACUACUCGCCUGUCCACGCUGCGGCGAUUCGACGACACCAUGUUGGCCGCCAUGUUCAGCGGGCGUCAUUACAUCCCACGUGACGCUGAAGGGCGCUACUUCAUCGAUCGCGAUGGGGCAUAUUUUGGGGACAUCCUGAACUUCCUCCGAGAAGGCGAGCUUCCUCACAGGGACCGGGUGCGAGCGGUGCACAGAGAGGCUCAGUACUACUCCAUUGGCCCACUGCUGGACAGCCUGGAGGACUCUCAGCCGCUCACAGGGGAGAAAGUCCGACAAGCGUUCCUCGAUCUGAUGCCCUACUACAAAGACAAUCUGGAGCGUAUUGUGGAGAUUGCCAAACUGAGGGCCAUACAGAAGAAGGCACGGUUUGCCAAGUUGAAGAUCUGCGUCUACAAGGAGGAGAUGCCUAUCACGCCAUAUGAACGUCCUCUUUUUAACUCGCUGCGUUUUGAACGCUCGGACAGCGAGGCCAAGCUCUUUGAGCAUCACUGCGAGGUGGACGUUUCCUUCGGACCUUGGGAGGCAGUGGCGGACGUUUAUGACCUGCUGCACUGCAUCGUCAGUGACCUGGCCGAGCGUGGCAUCACUGCGGAGCAGCAGUGCAUCGGCGUCUGUGACAAGCAUCUUAUCAACCAUUACUACUGCAAGAGGCCCAUCUAUGAGUUCAAGAUCACAUGGUGGUGAAGCUGAAGGGAGACAGUUAUGGCUGAUUGGACCAAAAAGCAAAAGGAUGGAUGUUCCAUUUUUAGUAUAACUUGGCUGAUAUUGUUUUUUGUAUUGAAGUUUACAAUAUUUUUGCACAUGUCUUAAAAAUGUGACCCUUUAAAUCAUUCUUCAACAUAAGUGUUAUGUUUCCCCCCAAAUAUUUAAAUUUUCUUCCUUUUAAAAAGGAAAAACACUGAAGCAAAAAAAUGAAAUGCCAACACUUUCCAGUGAAAUCCAGGCCAAUGAAAAACACUACUACUACUACUACCAGUUUUUUUGAACAUCCAGUGGUUUAACUUCUCACCUUGAUGCAGUGAUGUACAGGUGUACUCUAGUCUGCAGGUAAGUUACUAUUUAAAGGUCUAUUCAAAGUCCAUAAAUGUCUGCCCUUAAAAGAUGACAUUUCAGCUGUAUUUUUCAGUUGUGAGGCCCAAACCUGUGUCUUCACUUGAUGUGUUCAGGCACAUCAUACUGCUUGUGUGAUCGGACAGGUUUCUGUAGUGUUUAGAGCCCCAUACACAGUCACUGUAGUUACAUGCAAGUUGAAGAAAAAACACAAAAUUAAAUGCCUAAAGUGUGUGUGAAACACUGGUAAAAGGAAAGCCAAAUAUCUUUGUGUAUCAGUCAGACACCUGUGAAACGGAUGAUGACUGAAAGCUGCUUCAAUUUUAAUCAAUACAGCGUGAAGUGAGAUUAUGCGACUUAACGUAUCAGCGGCCCCCGAGGCCACAAAUAACAAAAAAGCACAUGCAGAAGAGUCAUUGAUUGGUGAACUGACUAAAUGUGUAAUGUUUGCUAACAUUAGCUACCAUAAGCUAACUGGUCAUUCCAGCCAGGAGAAGUUUGGCUGUGUUUAAUUACUUAAUGUAUUUAAUAAUGCUGCAUAUUUUGUUACAGCACCCAACUUUUCAUUUAUCAAAGAGAAAGGUUGUGGCAUUUCCUUUUUCAAAAGUUACUUAGUCCUGCCUAAAGGCACGUAACCUCGAACCAAAGUGUCUUUUUAGGCUUCAAAUACAUUUUUUUAACAGUGUCUGAUUUUGACUGUGAGCACUGCACUAAACCCGUCUGACCUCCCAGCAGUACUGUGGCUGAAUGCAUCCAGUGUAGACACAAGACUGAAGCAGGAUCGUCUCACCAUUUCUAGAACUAACAUUCAAAGAAAUGACCUCGUAGUAAAUAUUAAAUAUUGUAAGCAAGUAAACUGAGCUAAAAUCUGUAUUUUUUUUUAGAACCAAGUUUUGUUUAAGGAUACAGAUUACCUGUGAGCCUGGUCCUUUUGGAUAUACAGAGUAUAUUUUAAUUAUGGAAAACCUCCUGAGGAGCGUGUUUUUAAUGAUUCGAGAAAGGUUGCGUGGUAUCCAUUUUUUCGUUUUUACUCAGUGUCAGUACUCAGUACUAGUACUAGUAGCUUAAUUUGUUGCACGUUAAUGUAAAUUUGCAGAUGUCACAGGGAGAAGCUUAUAUCACUGUUAUUUAAUCAUCAGUCAUCUUCCAUUCCACCUUUUUCGAAAAUGAAAAUCCACUGAAACUGCGAUAUAGAGAGUCAAAGCUAAGUUAAAUGUUUUUUCCUGCUGUACUUGAUAAAGUCUGAGCACCUUGUGAUUGUAACCUAUAUAUAUAUUUUUUACCUCAAGUGAAGGCAUCAGAUAAACUCAAGUUAUCAGCUAUAGAAAGCAACAACGCCGGCAUAAUUUAAUUAACUCCACUUAGAAAGCCAACAUGCUUGUUUUGCUGAUGUACUUUUAACCGAUUAUGCAGGGGAGAUGCUACGUUCUUUAUUCACUACUAAUCAUGAUUUACACCGUUAUGUUUUGCAAUGUUUUUAUAUUGUUAUUUAUUUAUUUCUGUUAGCUUCUAGGAAGCUGUAGAUCAUUUUAUUUGAGUUUUGUUUGUUUGUAGUGAAAACGAGAUGUACCAUUUUUAUUAUUUAUGGUAAAAUUAAAAAUACCUGUUAAGUGCUUUUAAAAUGUGUCCCUAUUUUAUUUAUAAAAGUC